CGAAGACAAGAACUCCGAAUCACCUCUGCCAACCUGAGCCUGUCGCGACCUACGACCUCUCUACGCCACCACUCCUCCGACUCCUUCCUCGCUCAAUAUGGAUCGGCGAGAAGUCCUCUCCAAAGGCUCCGCCCUACAAAAAGCCAUCGCGGGAAAAGAGCCAUCCGAAAAUAUCCUAACAAUUCUACGAGAUUUGAAAGCAAAUGUACGACCUAGCGAAGAGCUCCUGCGGGCUACAGGAAUCGGCAAGAUCGUGAAUAAAGUCAAGGGCGUUCCCAACCUGGACCCGCAUGUGGCACAGUUGGCAUCAGAAAUAAUAAGCAGAUGGAGACAUGUGGUCAACGAACAGAAGCUGUCAAGCGGGACGUCCACACCGAACGGCGUUCGAUCAAACGGCACUAAUUCUCCUGCACCCAAAGCCGCAACCCCAACACCGAAAGCGGUCAGUCCUGGAGUCGCACCGGACAAGCGGAAUUGGAAAGUCGACAAAGUCCCUCGAGAUGAUCUCACCAACGACACAGCGCGGAAUAACUGCAUAGGCCUGAUAUACGAUGGUCUCUGUAUGGGUUCGGAAAUGGCUAUGAAGCAGAUACUGGACAUAGCCAAGCAGAUUGAAUCGGCCGCGCUCAAUCUACCUGAUACCAAAGGCUCAUCGGGGUCUCCAAUCUACAAAGACAAGAUCCGAUCGCUAUAUCAGAAUCUCAAAAACAAAUCCAACCCGGAUCUUCGCAAACGAAUCCUCAACGGCGAUGUCAAGCCAAGCCGAUUUGUGACCAUGAGCCACGAGGAGAUGAAAUCUAAGCAACAACGCGAGGAAGACAAGAAGAUCGCAAAGGAGAACAUGAACAAUGCCAUGGUGGCGCAGGAGGAGAAGAGUGUCAGUACCAGUCUGGAAUGUGGCAAAUGCCACCAGAAGAAAGUCAGUUACUCGCAGGCACAGACGAGGAGUGCUGAUGAACCGAUGACGACGUUUUGCGAGUGUAUGAAUUGUGGUAAUCGGUGGAAGUUCUCAUGAUUGCCAUUGAGCUUCAUCACGAAUCGAUGAUUGGGUGUUUUCAUAUCGGACUGUCAAAGUAAGGGUUGAGGCGUGCGUUAGGGCUCCAAUGGCGAUCGAAUCGGGCGAGAGAUUUGGGCAUGUUGGGAUGAUAUUUCCGACACAAAAUUCGCAGUGGACGUCGAGCC